AUGGCCGACGGCGAGGCGAUAAACGAGGAAAUCACGCCAAAAAAUUCUGGAAAGCCCCUCCUGAAGACGAAAGAUUCGCUAACAGAGGAGGAUAAAAUUAAAGCGGAGGAAGUCAAAGAAAAAGCCAAUCAGUUCUUCAAAAAGGAAGACUACAGCCAGGCUAUAACAUUUUAUUCUCAGGCAUUAGAACUGAAUCCUUUUGUAGCAGCAUACUAUGGGAACCGUAGCUUGGCCUAUCUCCGUACAGAGUGCUUUGGUUAUGCACUGUCAGAUGCAUCCAAAGCCUUGGAGCUGGACAAGACAUAUGUUAAGGCAUAUUACAGAAGAGCAUCUGCUAACAUGGCCUUGGGCAAAUUUAAACUUGCCUUGAAAGACUUUGAAGCUGUGGCUAAAGCAAAGCCAAAUGACAAAGAUGCCCGGGCCAAAUAUAAUGAAUGUAAUAAGAUUGUGAAGAGGAUAGCAUUUGAGAAGGCCAUUGCUGUGGAUGAUAAGUCAGUAGCAGAGCAGAUUGAUUUGGAAAGCAUGGCCAUAGAAGAUGAAUAUGAGGGCCCUGAGAUGGAGGAAGGUGGGAAAGUCACAGGAGAGUUCAUGACACAGCUUAUGCUAACUUUCAAAGACCAAAAGAAAUUACACCGAAAAUAUGCAUACCAGAUUUUACUCCAGGCCAAAGAAAUCUUUUCAUCUCAGCCUUCUCUUGUUGAUAUAACAAUCCCUGGGAAUGAGAAGUUCACAGUGUGUGGUGAUAUCCAUGGACAGUUUUAUGAUUUAAUGAAUAUAUUUGAACUGAAUGGCUUUCCAUCUAAAGUAAACCCUUAUCUGUUUAACGGUGACUUUGUGGACCGAGGCUCUUUCUCAGUGGAGUGUAUCUUCACCCUGCUAGGUUUCAAGCUGCUCUAUCCAGACCAUUUCUUUAUGGCUAGAGGAAACCAUGAAAGUGUGACAAUGAACCAGAUGUACGGUUUUGAAGGAGAGGUUAAGAGCAAAUAUUCCCAGCAGAUGGCAGAUUUAUUCACGGAAGUGUUCAACUGGCUACCAUUGGCACAUUGUAUAAAUAAGAAAGUUUUAGUAAUGCAUGGUGGGUUGUUUUCAGAAGACACGGUUACAUUAGAUGACAUUAGGAAAAUAGAAAGAAACAAACAACCACCAGACUCAGGGCCCAUGUGUGAGUUGCUGUGGUCAGACCCUCAGUUUCAGUGUGGCAGAUCACCCAGUAAGAGAGGGGUAGGUGUUCAGUUUGGACCAGAUGUUACCAAGGCAUUCCUGCAGAGAAAUAAACUGGAUUACAUAAUACGCAGCCAUGAGGUUAAAAAUGAUGGCUACGAGAUCAGUCAUGACAGGAAGUGUGUGACCGUUUUCUCUGCUCCAAAUUACUGUGAUACUAUGGGAAACAAGGGUGCAUUUAUCAAUCUGAAAGGCGAUGAUCUCUCUCCAAAAUUUACCUCAUAUGAAGCUGUGCCACACCCGAAUGUGAAACCAAUGGCAUAUGCUAGCCCUUUGUUUGGAUUGUUUUAAUGAUGUGAUGUGACAAUAGAGAGUUCUCCAAAAUAACCUCAGAGUGCUACGUUGGACAUCUGCCUUUGUGAGAAAGUGAAAGGGAAAGGGAAAGUACAUAGACCCCAGUCACAGCAGUUCGGUCCUGGUAAUCCCAGUCUUCAUGUACCAGCAUGUCCCAGAAUGUACCAACAUAUAUCAACAUGUACCUGCAUGUACCAACAUCAGAUUUGUCCAUACGAACAAGUGGAAAAUGUAGACAUACUGCUCAAGUGGCAUUCAACUAGACAAGCAACUCACUCAGUUCAGUCUUUUCAUACUCUUGUUGCUGUCUAUAGAUGUAAAUCAUGGAUUAGAGACAAAGUAGUAUCAACAAACCAAACAACAGCACCAGGAGAAUAGGGAUUCAUCAUUGAUGACUGUAACACUGUGACAGAUGCUUUUUGUAACCUGAACUGUAAAUCCUGGGCUCAGUUUCAGGAAGAAUUUCAAUUAGCAUAGUUAAGUCUGUGUUUAGAUUUAUACAUAAAUGAAGAAUUUUUCAAGUAUCUAGAUAAAUGAAGAAUAAUUUAGAAAGUACUUGCCCCAGAUUUCUAGACAAAUGAAGAAUACUUAAGAAAGUGCUUGCUCAGAUUUCUAGACAAAUGAAGAAUACUUAAGAAAGUCCUUGCUCAGAUUUCCAGGAAAAUGAGGAAUAACUUUUUGAAUAAUGGAUUUUUUCUUAGAUUCAAGAUAAACAGAAUACUUAAGUUCCUGUACAAACUUCUAUAUGAAUGAAGAAUAUUGCAGCCUGCUCAAGACGACUAAAUAUAUCAUCAAAUUCUUUCUGCUCAAACCUCUAGAUGAACGAAAAUACUGGAGUUAUUGUUCAAAUUCAUAGAUGAACAAGGAAUCUUCAUCUCCCUGCUCAGACCACGAGAUAAAUGGAUAAUACUUCAUUUAGCUGCUCGGGUUCUUAGAUGGAUGAGUUGAAACUGACAUUGUUUCGGGUUUUUUCGGGUUUUUUUUUAGAACUAAAGCUUUCACUUCAUGUGUUGGUUUUUUUCUUGAUUAUGUUGUUGGUCACAUUCUGUGAUGAGAAAUCUCAGUUUUUUGCUUGUUGUCACAGAUAAUUGUGAUAUGUUGUUACCAUGGGUACCUGUGUUAGAGGUCUUCAUGGGCACGUCCUGUUUGUCACAGGCACUGUGUGACGGGGUUUGUCCCGUUUUGUUAACACCUCACCCUUAGUUGGUGAUGUGACCUGUACUCAUAUGUUGCAUACCACAAGUGACCAGCAUUGCACCACUUCUUCUCUGGUUCUAUCUAUAUCACAUAUAGAUGUCACAUCUUCAAGUUCUAACAUUCUGUCUCGUCCUACAGUGUGUUUGUGUAGUCACUUCAUGUUCUUAUCUUUCUCUUAUCUCAUGUUAUCUGCACACUGUGUCACAUCUUUAUGUUCUUCUUAUCUUUCUCUCAUGUGGUCUUUACACUUUGUCACAUCUUCAUGUUUUUCUUAUCUUUCUCUCAUGUGGUCUUUACACUUUGUCACAUCUUCAUGUUCUUCUUAUCUUUCUCCCAUGUGGUCUUUACACUUUGUCACAUCUCCAUGUUCUUGUCUUUCUCUCAUGUGGUCUUUACACUUUGUCACAUCUCCAUGUUCUUCUUAUCUUUCUCUCAUGUGGUCUUUACACUUUGACACAUGUUCAUGUUCUUACUUUCUUUCUCAUCUCUACACAUCUUUGUGGGUCAGAUACACAGUAUACUAAGGUAGUACCAGUUUUCCUUGACAGAGGUAAUACGUGAAGUGUAGUAUAGGUAGACAAUUUUAGUCAAGAACAGUGAUCAUGAAAAAAAGGUUGUUUGUGUUAAACCACCUGUGCUGAUACAUUCCUUACAAAUGUCCAAUCCUGUCAAAUGACUGUUUCACCUGUCCCAUAAUGCUGCAUAUCCUGACAGAUACGACAAUGUCCAAUCCUGUCAAAUGACUGUUUCACCUGUCCCAUAAUGCUGUAUAUCCUGGCAGAUACGACAAUGUCCAAUCCUGUCACAUAACUGUUUCACCUGUACCAUAAUGCUGCAUAUCCUGGCAGGCUAUACAACCCAAAUGUCACUCGAAUAUAAGCUGAUCAGCAUGAGAAGAGAGCAGGUCUUCCAUGUGAAGAAUUUAUUGCGGAAAUUUCUCAAUACUGUUUAAUGAUGCUCAAUAUAUGGCCAUAAUCAGUGACGGUUAUUUAAGCAAAUAUUCAAUACUGAGCAAUUAAAUAAUGCAGUAAUUAAAGCAUGUCAAGCCUUUAUUUAAGGUUAACACUAUGCCAUUGUUACCAUCUUCCAUCUACCAAAGAACAGUCCUUUUGGAGCUGUUCACAAAUUACAUGGCUGUAAUUUUAAUCUUGCUCGACGUAUUUUCAUAUGAAUGUCACUCGUAGCUUGUAACUGUUUUUUUUUUUUUUUUUUGUUGGAUGUUAUCAAAACAGCGAAGCUGUCCUUCAGUUCCUUCAAGUAAAUUUCUAUUACGGAAGUUAAGGCAAUCAAAUAUCAAGGAUAUAUGUAUUCAGCAAGGAAUUAAAUCCCAAGGCUGAUAUUUGCAUUCUUUAAAUCACGAAGUAGCUAGAUGACCAGGAACAAAGGGACCAACUAUCAGUGUCAGCUUCAAACUAUAAUCACAAAUCUGCUGAUGUGAGGACCUUACAUACACCCGGUAGUUUUAUACUUGUGAUAAUGUUUUAUGAUGUAAGAAUAGAAUAUUAAUGAAUCUGUGCCAAGUAAUAAUAGGUGUACCACAAUGUACUUAAAUGUCUUCAGUCUGGUAGCUGUUGUUCACAUAGUGCUAAGCUCAUGUCAGCUUACUGGGACCAGCCUUACAAAGCUCUCCCAAUUCCAAGGUAGAUCCCAGCGUUAAUAAAAAUUGUCAUUGAAAUUGUGCUUCAUGCUUUGUAAGGAAAGUCAAGAAGAUGGCAAGGGACCCAUACAGCACUGAUUUCAUUUUGAAUGGCUUGCCUCUCUUUAUGCCAUGUGGAGCAUGUGUGUUGAGGCUUGUGUUCCAGGUUAAACUUAAACUCCAUGGUGGAUGUGAUCUUCAGAACAAAUCAUAGUGCUGAUAUUAUUCACUGAGGAAUGUUAGUGUAAAACACUGCUUUAAAAGAGGGAUAUAUCAUCAUUUAUUAUUAUGUGUGAAUGUUACAUGUAGCAUCUGAUUGCUAAAAAGCAUAUAGCUACAUGUAGGGGGCGGGCCAUGGUCUUGAGGUAAAAAGGUUCUUGCUAUUCAGUCACUAGACCAUGCAAGGUGUGGGUUCAAAUCUGGCCUUGGAUUGGGAAUAUUUAGUCUCUCUCGCUAUCACUGCUUGUAAAGCCAUGGUGUCAGUAAGUGGUCAGCAGUGCUUGUGUUGCUGUUUGUUGAAGACUGCUUGUCUUCCAACAGGUUGGUGUGCAUGUCCCUACAUCACAGGUGAGAAAAUUGGUCCCCUAGGCACUCCAUUUUCCUCCACACAAAUCACUGACUGCCAUCGUGUACGUUAACUGAAAAAUUGUCAGUAUUCUUCAUUAAGAAUCAAAUAAAUAAGUAAACCCUGUGUAUCUGUGCAGGUAAGUCUUGUCAUAACCUGAAAGUAUUUAAGUACAGGAAGUACCCUAAUUCUUCUAAAAUUUGGGACACAUAUUAGUAGUGUUGAAAGUAAAAUAGUAAAUUUCUUUACCAGCCUUUUGGAAAAGUAAAGAUAUGAGUAUGUUGUAUAUUAGAUGGUCUAACCAUGUGAGAAAAAAGAAACAAAAUAUUCCUGCUAGAAUUGCAUAUAUAUUUACUAAAUAAAGCAGACCAGGUGUCCCAAAUUUUAGAAGAAAUAGGGUAGCUUUUCCACCAGCCAGCAACUUGCUCGAGUUUUAAACAGGUAUUUGUUUAUUUACAUUUAGAUGAUUGUAACUUAAGUUAUUAACACUAAUACUAGUAGUACUCUUAACUUAAGGUUCAACUUCAGAAGGAUAGGGUUUUGCAGUCCAAUAUGAAUGUUGAUGAUAUUUAAACAAAAGUGCUAUAAUAUUGUGUGAAAAUGGAUUGUUUGACUUGUGCAUUUACUUGUGUGUUAGAUUGGCCGAUUUGUCCUGACCAUUAUGAUGGGGUAAUGCGGUCAUGGAUUUUAUUUCCUUUCAUAGCUCUUUGUUUUAUUUAUGUUUUGCAGUAUUCCAAUCAUGAACUUUAAAGCAUUUAAAUGAAAUUCUUAGUCAGUACAUGUAAGCACAUGUUUACCCUAAACGUGUUUGUCAGGACUGUAAAUCCACUCCUACUUAGAGGCCAGUUCAGGGCUAACGACUGUUUUAUGUAUUUUGUCUUUGUUACAAAAGAGAGUGUUUGACAUAUCUUUACUGUAAAUGUCAUUAAUUUGCAUUUGAAUAUAUGCAUGCUUUAAUUGUUAUGAACAAGAGAUCACAGAAUCCUCACUGACUUUUAAUCCGUUGCAGUGUGUUGGCAUGAAUACUGUUUGCCAUGCCAAACUGUACCAUUAACAAAUACAAAAUUUCGUAAUUAUUAAUUUCCCCUCCUUUGAGCAAUUUACCUGUAUGUUGAACAUUUGUGUAUCAUCCAUAUGCCAUGAUAAUCAGCGCACACUAUGUGUUAGCGUUGCUUAGUUUGGUGAACACUUUCACUAAGACCUGUGUUAACGUAUGUUGUUAAUAGCACUGUUAGUGUGAUGACCUAGCCCCAGGAUCAUGAAGCCGUCAGACUUCGCAUCGUUUGGGUAAUGACCUUAGGCCCCAUGAUGAUGAAGCUGUCAGACUUAGCACGGUUUGGGUAAUGACCUUAGGUCCCACGAUGAUGAAGCCGUCAGACUUGGCACCGUUUUGGGUAAUGACCUUAGGCCCCAAGAUCAUGAAUCCGUCAGACUUGGCACCGUUUGGAUAAUGACCUUAGGCCCCAAGAUCAUGAAGCCAUCAGACUUAGCACUGUUGGGGGUAAUGACCUUAGGCCCCAGGAUCAUGAAGCCGUCAGACUUAGCCUUAACUUCAAAAGAGUUUGUUGCGCUAAAACUUACCUUCAUUUUCCUUGACUUUCAUAUAAAACUUAAAACUAGGGUAUAGCUUCAGGAAGAAUUCCACAAAAUACUAAUAAGUCUUGACUACUGACAGCUUCCUGAAACUGGGGUCAGGGUCUCCUACAGAUUAUAUUUUGAGAUGAGUGAUACAUGUUCUGUAGCAUUGUGACGUAGGACUCUGUACAGUGAUCUCUAAUUGAACAAAAACUAUGCAGAAUGAAUUGUUUUGAAAUAAAAAUGUGUUA